GCCAGGCCCCGGCAGGGCAGGGAGGGGGAGCUGUGGAAUGGCGGACGGGCGGGCAGGCCCGCCCUGGUGAKAGCCAGCCCGGGGCCCGGAGGGGACAGCCGUGGACAGGAACAGUGCCUGAAGCAGGUCCACCAUGCCGUUAGUAACGAGGAACAUUGAGCCAAGGCACCUGUGCCGUCAGACGUUGCCUAGCGUUCCGAGCGAGCUGGAAUGCGUGACCAACAUCACCCUGGCAAAUGUCAUUCGACAGCUGGGCAGCCUGAGUAAAUCUGCAGAAGACAUAUUUGGAGAGUUGUUUACUCAAGCCAACACCUUUGCCUCUCGGGUGAGCGUUCUGGUCGAGAGAGUUGACCGCUUGCAAGUCAAAGUGACUCAGCUGGACCCCAAAGAGGAGGAAGUCUCCCUGCAGGGCAUCAACACCAGGAAGGCUUUCAGAAGCUCCACCACUCAGGACCAGAAGCUCUUUGACAGAGAUUCUCUCCCUGUGCCUGUCCUCGAGACMUACAGGACCUGCAACACUCCUCCUCCUCUCAACAUCCUCUCACCUUACAGGGAUGAUGGCAAAGAGGCGCUUAAAUUCUACACGGAUCCUUCAUAUUUCUUCGACCUUUGGAAGGAGAAGAUGCUSCAGGACACCAAGGAUAUCAUGAAGGAGAAGCGGAAACAUAGGAAAGAGAAAAAGGAGAAUCCAAACCGAGGAAAUGUGAAUCCACGGAAAAUCAAAACCCGGAAGGAGGAGUGGGAGAAGCUGAAAAUGGGACAAGAAUUUGUGGAGUCAAAGGACAAGCACGGUCCUGCUGGGUACCCCUCCAGCAUGGUGUAUCAGAACGGCAGCAUCGGCUCCAGCGAGAGCAUGGACGGGAACUGCCACCCGCCAGCACCGCAGAGCGACUCCAUUGUGCCAGCACCUCCCUCGUUCCCAGAUGACAGCCUGCCUCCACCCCCGCUGGAAUUUAGCUAUCCUGUAGACAACCAAAGAGGUUCUGGUUCUGGAGGGCCCAAACGAUCCAGCYUGGUCAGCCCGAGCCACCCACCCCCAGCCCCUCCCAUCGGCUCGCCCUCGGCAGCCAGGCCGGGCUUUGCUCCUCCCCCUGGCCCCCCACCCCUGGCUGCCAGCCUGGAUGGGCCCCCGCCCCCUCCUCCACCCUCCGACACCUCCACAUCCAAGCCCAAGUCAUCCUUGCCYGCAGUCAGUGAUGCCAGGAGUGAUCUGCUCUCAGCCAUUCGCCAAGGCUUCCAGCUGCGCAGGGUGGAGGAGCAGCGGGAGCAGGAGAAGAGGGACGUGGUGGGGAACGACGUGGCCACCAUYCUGUCGCGCCGCAUCGCCGUGGAGUACAGCGACUCGGAGGACGACUCCUCGGAGUUCGACGAGGACGAAUGGUCGGAUUAGCCACGCUCCAACCCCUCCUCCCCUUCUCUCCAGGGCUCGCUUCUUACAGAAUCAGGUGGCCAAAGCUUGCACCACAUCCUUCCCAUCCCAGAACCAAAGAUGUGCCAAGCAGCAGCAUAUCUCCCUCUCCCUCCCCUGCUCUGGCAGGACUUUGUGCUCUGCCUUUCCAAAAGGUCUCCUCACGGACACGGAGGAUGCGGCACUGGGAUUUAGCUGGAGGGGGUGGAACGCUUGCUUAUUUAAAAGAGAGCUAAAGCUCCAGAUUUUCGAUGCCACCAGGCAGAGCACAUAUAAACCCUCCAUCCUGAGGGAUUUUUAAAGUAAAGAUGGAUGAUCCUGUUGCGGCCGCGUGGCCUUUCGGAUGAAGGACAUUUUCAGCUGGUUUUCUCAGUGCAACAGCAGACAGUUGAUCUGAUGGCUCUUCCUUGCCAGUGAAUACUGGUAGUGCUGCAAGAAAAUGGGCUUUAAAUGUCAGUUCUCUGCUGCAUCCCACUGUCAAAUAAUCAGGUUUUUGGCAAUAGUGCACAAUUCUUUCCCCUCUGACCCCUGAGUAUUAAUUCCAGAUCACCCUGUGUGGGGUGCRCUUCCAGACUCAGAGGCUGCUCAGUGCCUUGGGUGCAAUGUAGGGAGGGACUUUUUUAUUUUAGAAGCUGCCUUUACCUUCCUCAGAUCUCCUGGACUGCUUUGCCMAGAGGAGACUUGCACAGAGGGAUGUAAAACCGGGGCAGGAUGGUUCAGCUCAGCACUCUUGGGAAAGCAGAGCCACUGCCCCACUGAGACACAUCUGUGGUCAGCUCCAGCAGUGGCCAGACCCUGCUGGGCUGAUUUCUCCAGUUUAUGCUGAGAUUGUAUUUUAAAAUUCCAAAUCCAGUGCCUAAGGCGGGGAGAUGUGCUGGGGAAGGGUUCUCUGAACACCAAGCCCUGUGGUGGUCUUUGGCCUGGCCAGGGCAGUUUGAGAGGUGCUGUUUUUUGUGGGGUGACUUUUCACACAGGAACUUCAAUGCUGGUAUUGCCUUUUCUUCUCCUUUCCACCUAGGGAGGAGAGUUUGUGUGCCUAAAAACAUUGCUGUGUGAACUGAGUUGCCCAUCAGUUAUAUCAGACCUAACCUACCCUAAUUUUUUAUUAUAAUUCAUUAGUUAAUUUUAARAGAACGUUUCUUCUCACUAACCCUGUGAAUUAAUUCCCAGGCUGCUCACUAUAGAUCCAGUACCAGCAGGGGAAAACGGGGAGUUUGAACUAGCUGACCUCGGUUUUAUUGCUGUUUUAUGUUGCCUUACAUAGAAUAUGAGCAUAUCUUGGAAAUCUAACCCAAAUACCCCUGAUGUGUAUUUUARUUUGGACAUGACUUGGUCAGGGUCAUGCCAAAAGCAAUUCCAAAGCCUUUCUGAGGUUAUGGGUCCAGCUGUUGUGGGUGUGUCCCACUAAGACCAACUGUCCCAUCUUUUUGCCUUUCCUGAAGUUUUUCACCAGCCUGUGCCUGCUCUCCUUCCCUGCCUCUCCUGGUUUAAUGAUCUUGCUGUACCUGGAACGCCCGAGGCUCGCUGGAAAUCCUGCUCUGCAGCUGAUUGAUGGCUUCAGCUUGUGCCAUCGACUUCUCACUGAAUCCUUGUGUUUGUGUGUGUGUGUGCAUUUUAAUCUUGGCCAGGGCACAGAUGGAGGAUGGGCUUUGAGCUGUGGAUGGAGCUGGGAUCCAGUGAGACCCCAGGGAUUCCCGGGAUCCAGUGAGACCCCAGAGAUUCCUGGGAUCCAGUGAGACCCCAGAGAUUCCCUGGAUCCAGUGAGACCCCAGAGAUUCCCGGGAUCCAGUGAGACCCCAGAGAUUCCUGGGAUCCAGUGAGACCCCAGGGAUUCCUGGGAUCCAGUGAGACCCCAGAGAUUCCUGGGAUCCAGUGAGACCCCAGAGAUUCCCAGGAUCCAGUGAGACCCCAGAGAUUCCCAGGAUCCAGUGAGACCCCAGAGAUUCCUGGGAUCCAGUGAGACCCCAGAGAUUCCUGGGAUCCAGUGAGACCCCAGAGAUUCCCUGGAUCCAGUGAGACCCCAGGGAUUCCCCGAUGGCUGCAGCUCAGGUUUUGCCUGCAGUGGGAUGUGGAGGGUGGGCAGCCAGGGAUCCCGAUGGGCUGGGAACAUCUGAGCAGCACAAAUUCCAGGGUCUGGAAGAGGGAGCAAAGCCCUGGGUGCAGCAGAGAGAYGUGGAAAUGCAGAGGGAGGGGUGAGGGAGUGAGAGAGGCUCUGUCUCAUUGUGCUGCUGCCUCUGACAGCGUUCUCCUCUGGCUGUUCCCAGAGACAGUUACGGGAAAAUGGGCCCUGAGCUAACCCGGGCUGACAGUGGGAUCACACAGGAAAGCAAAGAGCCACAAACGCCAAACCUGCCUUAGUCUGAGAUUGCCUUAACUGGACUCAGCCCCUGUUGGGAGAGGGGACUGAGUCUUGCUGUCGCCUGCAAUAGGGAGCAGUGCCAUGUUCUGUGACCCGUGGGUGCUGUGCCAGGCAGGGCCGUGCCUGGGGCACAGGAACAUCCCCUCACCCUCUGCUGUUGCACAAGGAUGCUGCUUCCCUGGGUGGCACAGCCGUGGCUGGAGCAGCUCCUCGGCCUCCUGGCAGCAGCAGGGACGCUGCCGUGCCCCUGCAAGCUGCUGGAAACACCCUCUGCUCCCAAAUCCCAUCCCAGGGCRGCAAUCAGAGCUGCAGCAUUGCAAACAGAAGGGCUGUGGACAGGUAGGGAAGGUUGCUUGCUGGAGUGUUUUAAAUCUCCCUUGAYUCCUGCUGGUUUUUUUGUUAAAUCUUUGAUUGCCGAGCAGGCUGAGCCUGUGUGGGGAUCCCUGAGAAGCAGCUGCUSUGGAGACCAUCUCUGUGUAUCGUUGCAAAAUCGCAGAGCUCUGGGCCACCAAGUGAGCUCAAUGUUUUUGAAAGCAGCAGGGGAGGAGGAGAGGUGCCAAAAGCAACCUUUGCAAGACAGAGCAGCUGUGCUGGAAGUGCAGGGCUGCCCUGUCAUCUCUGCCCCYGUGUCGUGGGCUCUUACCCUUCCUCCUCUCCUCCCCAUGAGGCUGGGGUGAACCCCAGGCAUUUCCCAAAAUACAGAGCACAAACUGCUGCUCUCCACGAGCUCCUUCUGCUCUCCAGUGCAGCCAUUUCACCCAUCCUGGGAGCCCCUUCCCUUCCCUUCCCUUCCC